AUGCGCCAGCUGGCUGCUAAAACAAGUCCGCCAUCCCCGCCGGGAGACCCAAUGGAGGAUCCAACCCUCACACUAGUCAAGCAGUCCUACAUGACACCUGCCGAAUCCAUUCCAGUGGCCGGGGUUCCGACUUGGGACAAGAAACCAAAUGACGACCAGGGCGAGUACCUGUACGCAGCGAAACUUCUACCAAGCCGAGCUGUGAUAUGCGGCGGUUCUGGUUUCAAGGAGGUCCGCAUAGUUCAUCGCGACACAAAACUGCCUGUUCUCCGCAUUCCGAUGGAUUCUGUCGUUCAAACCAUCGACACGGUGCUGGAGGGUCGUUACGUCGCUACUGGUUGUGCUAGUGGCUCCAUUACCAUCAGCGGCCUCGCUUGA